CUCCGCCCAUCUGUUGGCGUUGCUUCUUUCGAGGCGGGAAGAGAAGAGGUGCGCGUACUUCCGUCCAGCGUAGGUGCCUCGUGUGGCCUUUAGCGCGUUCUUCUUUGUGCGAGCAGAGGAGGUGAGCGAAGGUCAGAAGAAGAGCGGAGGAACGAGGGGAGGAGAGUUGCUUGGCGUCUAUAUUCUUAAAGAAGAUUCAUCCGUCUCCUUGGUCACAACGUUUUCAAGUGUUUGUACACUAGCUGCAGGACUUGAUCCUUGUUCUUGCUUUUCUUCUUGAGAAUCCUGAGAGAAUAGCCCCAUAAUGUCUAAGUUUUCGCAUUCAUCCCUAAGCAGAGAUCUACCUGAUCAACGCAGACGAGAUUCAUCCAGAAUGGGCCUUCUCUCAAAUGAUCAGCCUUUAUCAUCUGGCUUUGGUCGAUUGGGCCCAAGCUCUAGCCGAAUUUCCAGCUUGAUGACCCUAGGUCCUAGCUCUAAAAUGGGCCCGCAAGGAUCCCGUGGCAUGAUGCCCUCUGGCUCUUCUCAAAACUUGCCAUCCAUUUUAAGCCUUGGUGGCAGGGGUCUGCCACCUUUAUCUUCCCAACCACCCAGAGAUCCUGAUCAGGCCAGUAAAAUUUUGGCCAGCUUUGGUCUUUCCUCUAGUGACUUGGAUGAGUUGAGUCGCUAUCCAGAGGAAAAGAUCACCGCUGAGAAUUUGCCUCAGAUUAUUGAGCAUCUUAAGAGGAGGAGGGCAGAAGACGUUGCUAUGUUAAGGAGAGAGAGACUGUCUCGCGAUCCAAUGAGACCUUCACGCGAUGACUGGGAUGACCUCCGGCCCUUCAGAAGAGAGAGUUUUGAUGAUCGCCCCUCUAGUCUCAAUCCUGUGGUUGACCAUGAUCAUGGGAGCCGCUCUCGAGAACUUGCUUUUCGAGAGAGACUGGAUAUGGAUGAACGCUUAAGAGAUCGAGAGAGGCUUAGAAAUGACAGCUUCUUAUCUGAACCCUCUUUUCGUAAGCUUGAGAGUAACUACGAUCGCUUGGGUUACGUUCAAGCACAAGAAAGAUCUAUGUUUGAAAAGUCAAGAGGAAUGCCAUCCGGUAGAAGUAUUGAUGAUUUCCAUGGCCUUACGCCUAAAGUGUACCCCCAUCUCUGUACUCUGUGUGAUAUACCUUGUAAUUCAAUUAAGAACUGGAAAGAACAUAUCAAUGGAGGGUACCAUAGAAAGCAACGUCUGCUGCUGCUUGACCUAUUUCCAGAAUUGUCUGAACCUGGAAUGGGUGAUCCUUACAUGUUGCAGCAGUCAACCAAUCCAGCCCCUGGACUCCUGGGACCUCCUCCUCCUCCCGGGAUGAACAUGAGAGGUGGUCCUGAUGAGCGACAUGGAAACUUCAGGGGUUACGUAGGACAUGAUGAUAUGCCAGGACAAAGGCCAAUGUCAACGAAAAUGGGCAACGGCAGGGUGGUUCAUAUCAUGGAAUUUGAGCGAGGAAGGAAUUUGAGGUUCCAGCUUCUGAAACUUGCCAAGCCUUUUGGAACGGUUGCCAGCUGUUUCAUUCUGAACAAAAAGAACGAGGCUUUUAUUGAAAUGUCCACUCCAGCAGAGGCUCAUGCUAUGGUUGAUUACUACAUUAACAAGCCUGCACUUGUAUUUGGAAAUCCGGUCCAAGUACACAUGUCACAAAAAUAUAAGCGUAUUAAGAAACCUAAGGAAAACCCUGAAGGAAGGCCAGAAGGGAGGCCAGAAGGGAAAGCUGAAGGAAUGGCUGAGGCAAAAUCAGACGAUGAUAAAGAACCUGGCCGUGUCAUACACCUUACUAACCUUCCAAAAACAAACUACACUGACAGUGCAAUUGUAAAGCUGGCUGAGACCUAUGGAAACGUGAAGACCUACAUACUGAUGAGAAUGAGAAGUCAGGCUUUUGUUGAGAUGGAGAAAGCAGAAGAUGCAGAAACUAUGGUAGAGCGCUGUGGCAAGAUCCCUCUCAUCUUCCAAGGGAAAAAUGUGAAAGUAAACCUCUCUCAAAGAUACAAAAAACUUGUAUUAAGAAUUCCAAAUACUUCAAUUGAAAAAGAAAAGGGCAGAAAGAGAGCUCAUCCCCAAGAUCAGAAGAAUGGCGCCAAAUCAAAGCAGCGCAAGACUGACAAAUCUGAGUCAAGUGAUGCGGACAAGUCCUCACAAGUUGUCACCACAGAAGAUAAUGACCAAACCACUGAGGAGACUGAUCCAACAGACUUGGUGUCUGGAUCAUGUGAGCCUGAGCUUGCAGAGGAGACUGGGGAUGAAGAAGCAACUGCACUCAUGGAAAUGAGUGGCUCCGUAGAAGAUGGGGCAGAAGUACCUGACAUUUCUGACCUGGAUCAACAAGAGAUGAGUGAAGAUCAAGGAGAGGCCCAAGAGCCACUUUCUUCAACUCCUGCUGUUGGUGGAAAAAAGAAGAAGGCACAGGGCUUUCAUGGGAAUAUGGAAGAUUUUGUUACUCUUGAUGAAGUUGGUGAUGUGGAGGAUAUGGAAAGUCACAAGAUGAAAUUGGAAGUUUCUGAGAUUGCUGGAAAUCAAACGGCUAAAGCAGGAAUGAGUGCCGAGGACGUGCUUACAGGUGUUAAAACUGUUGCUGACGAGAGUGCUGCAGAAACCAGUAACUUGGCACUGAGUGCAGAUUAUGAGCUUGGGCCAUACCAGACCAACAAUCCUGUCGGAGUGGACUAUGUGAUUCCCAAAACUGGCUACUACUGCAGAGUGUGCUCGCUGUUCUACACAAAUGAGGAGGUGGCAAAGGUUACACAUUGCAGCAGUCUGGCUCAUUAUCAGAAGCUUAAGAAAAUUCUGAAUAAGGCGGCCAAAGCUUCAGAGAAGAAAAACUGAGCAGAAGGAAGAUUAUUAUUUUUUUUUAUUAUUAUUUGCAUUAGAACACUUUGGGGAAAUCUGUGAAUUAAACUGUUCACCAAUAAACUGAUAGUAUGUUAGGUUUGUUUCAGGAUGUAAGUACAGUAGCAGUUGCCGUUGUUUUGAGUUUUCUCAAUAGUUUGCAUAUUUCAUACAAAAUCUUAGAGCAACAUUUUCUACAGUUAAUGGUCACAGUAUUAUAUAAAGCUUCCAAUUUGAGACUGUUUGGGGUGCCUCCAGUUUAGGUGGCUUUGAAUAGACUCGACAUUGGAAAGAGCAAAAAAGUGAAAAUCCUUCAAACUUUGUACAUAUUUAACCCCCUUCAUGCUGCUUUCAAGGAAGCCAUCUAUUGUGACCACUGGUCAGUCACAUGAUCGAGAACCCUUCAUGCUGAUUCUUAGAAGGCAUGAACAAGAGCUCAGUGUGCUGUGAGCAUGCUUUCAGCAGACAAUAUCUGGUCACCAUGGAUGCAUGUUUGUGGCAGCUGGGUGUUGCAACCCAUAUUUGUUGCUGCUGCAUAAUUGCAUUGCACAGUAACAAGAGGUACAUAAACUAAACAGUUAUGUAGCCCUUAUUUAGUUGUGGUUCCCAUCAUGCAAGAGAACAGCAAAUCUAAAACUGGACUUUUGAUAAGGGUUUAGAGCCAACUAAGUUUCAGUUUACCUUCAGAUGCACCAGGGGCGAAACUGUGAAGUCUUUUGCUUUCUGUAGAAAGCAUUCACUGCUAGAAGUCUUCCAAAACUAUCAUGCUUCUGACUGGGAGAAAGAUUCAUCUGACUCUGCAUGGGGUGUGGGAGACUUCCACAAUCACACAGCAGGGGUCCUUCUCUGAAGAAUGCUGACAGAGGACAGAUUAUUACACUCCAGCUGUGGCUGCUUUCUUGAGAAAACCAACUGCAGGACUUUGCACACCUCUUUGUUUUAAUGCACCUGGAAUAAGUUUAGAGGAUUUAAACUGUUCAGUGGGGCUUUACCAGUGAGACAUUGAAGAGCAGCUCCAGCAAAACGGCAAAAAAAAUUUAUCAGUGUUUUAUCUGCCCCAAAGAUUUUAGUAAUGCACAUAUCCUUUGAUUCCCCCAAUUACUAUAUUAAAUGGCUACAUUACAUCAGAGCUUGCAGUUUGAACAUUUUGUGUUACUGUCCCAACCUCUGCCUGCUCUUUGGCUAGCUUUUUUAUUUUUUGUCCAUUGAUGGGUUCAGGAGUUAUUCACCUUCACGGUGUGCUGCUGCCUGCAGGAGAAUAGGACACUAACAAAACUGCUGGCCAACCCAGGUUAACCCUCCUAGCAGCAUGCCUCAGUAACUUUCUGUGGAGCCCAAGUGCUUUCUGUGAUGUUUUAAUUCACCUAUGUUCAUUUUAUACACUUCCCCAGAGCAAAUCCAUUUUAUAUAAUUUGUUUGCUAGUAAUGAAACGUGAAACUGUAUUCAGCCAAACUGAAUAAAAUGUAACAUUUUUUUUCAAA